UGGUUUUAGUUUUAGGUUAUGACAAUAUUGUCAAUGUGUUUGUGUUGUUUUGAUGUUGGAGUAAUAUGUAAUCAUUGCAUUUAAAUAGUAUAUAAUUUUUAUAUUCCGACAGCGUUAGAAAUUGAUAGGUACUCUGUCAACAUGGAAUUCAACAACACAUUACGGAAUUCUCCGAAAUGGAGUAGCGAAUAUUAUGUUGCCCUAGAAAGCAAAGAUUUACAAGCAAAUGCCAUGGCAGUUGACUAUUCCGGGAAUUUCGUUCUACUUGCAGGAAGACGUUGUCUGGCUAUUAGGAACCUCGAAGAUGUGGACCAGUUAAUUCAGAAAUUCCCACGACAAAGUAAAUAUGAUGUUGGAGCAGCUGAAUGGAACCCUAAUUCUCAUCAUAGUGAAACGUGUUCGAUAUCAAGCAAUCAGAGACUGGAAGUGUUGAUAGUAAGGGCGGAUGAACUAAAACAAACACAUUGCUUGCGAUAUCACACCAGAGUAAUAACAGACCUGAAUUGGCACAAAUUUGAACCGAAUUUGUUAGCUUCAUGUUCAGUAGACACGUUCAUACACAUAUGGGAUUUACGUGAUUCCAGACGUCCGACCUUAUCCCUUUCUGCCAUAGAGGAAGCCUCCCAAGUACGAUGGAAUCCGUUAUCUCCGUAUUAUUUGGCUUCCGCACAUGAAGGUGACAUAAAAAUUUGGGACAAGAGAAAAGCAUCUGCGCCCGUUCAGUACAUUGCUGCACAUGUGUCGAAGAUACACGGUUUGGACUGGAACCCCUUCCGAGAAACCCAUAUUUGUUCCUCAAGUCAAGACAAUUCAGUAAAGUUUUUUGAUACUUCCAAUCCGAGGAAGUCGGGAUAUUCGAUAACCACUAAUGCACCAGUUUGGAGGGCUAGACACACACCUUUUGGUAGUGGUCUGCUAACAGCAGUUGUGCCUCAAUUGAGAAGGGGGGAAAACAGUUUACUGCUGUGGAACACCGCCAAUAGAGCUACGUCAAUGCAUACUUUCGUUGGACACAGAGAUGUUGUUUUGGACUUCGAUUGGAGAAAGCAAAAACCUGGAGAUGAAGAUUUUCAGCUGGUGACAUGGUCAAAAGAUCAAACUCUUCUUGUUUGGAGGGUCGAACCUUUCAUACAGAAACUUUGUGGGUAUGAUCCUAUUGAAGCUAAAGAGGGAGAUGAUGUUAUGGAAAAUACAGAAAAUCCAAAUUUAUUUAAAAAAACUACUCCGAAAAUACAUCCAUUGCAACAGGAAUUUUCGUUGCUCAACGUGCACAUACCGAAUUUAGUGAUUAAAAAAAUGGAUGCUGUUGCCAGGAGUGUACUCGUUAAGGCAACCAUAAACACAGUUACUGUAAACUUGAAGGUUAGUUUUCCUAGUGCGUAUCCCCAUGGAGUUCCUCCUGGAUUCGAAGUGUUGAAGGAAGAGUCAAAAGUACAUGAUUCUAUUGUUGUCCAACUGUUGCAGAUGUUGAAACACUUAGCGCAGCAACGGGUGUCUAAGAAUCGAACUUGUCUAGAACCGUGCCUACGUCAAAUGGUUACAACUUUAGAACAGUUGUCUACUGACGCUGAAAGCAACAGAAUUUAUGAUAGGACUUAUAUAGAACCCUCUAGUAUUUUUGGUGGAUAUAAUGACGCUUACAUACCAUUCCCUAGAACAUCAGGUGCCAAAUUUUGUUCAGUCGGAACCUUAGUAUGUUUCGGGAGACCAGUACACACCCGAAAGCUAACAAAAAAUCCUGACAUAACCCCUAGAGCUCUCUCUACAACUCCGCGCGCUCUAUCUGCCUUAGAAAACAUUUUCGCUAAGCGCAAUGAUGAUUAUUUGACGGUUUCUGCUUACUACUAUCAGAGGCAGAGGUCGCGAGCAAAGCAAAAUCACACUAAAUUCUCCAAAGCUGUAGUUCACAUUUAUGAUGCUCUGGGGUUAUUUUUUGUCAACAGGCAAUUAGCUGAAGAGUAUAUUUUGGAUGGGGAUGUUGGAACCAUUUGUAAACACAAUGCUGCAGCCGCUGCAUUAGUUGGUCGAUAUGAUUUAGUUCAGGCUUGGACUUUGGCUGAGUCCGUUGCAGAUCCUCAACAGGCAGAUGAAGAAAUGUCUUGGUCAAAUCAUCCAUUUGGAAACCAGUUGAUGCAGUCACUGCACCUCCCUGGGAAAAGAAGGUUAAAGUCUGGAGGAUCUCUUUACCACACAAUACCUACUGCAGAAAUUAUAGCCGAUGGUUGGGUAAUUCCAAUGUUACGAACGACACGAUCAACUUCUCUAGACAACCUUCGAGUGGAAGAAUUCGUCGACAAAUCUGUCCAAAAGUGCCGCUCCAACUCACUCUACGAAUACUAUAAGACUGCCUAUGCGGAAACCUUACACAGGUGGGGUCUGAUUUACAACAGAACAGAAGUGCUCAAAUAUUUAUGCAACACCUCAGAACCCCACAAAGGAGUUGAAUUCGUCAGCGACUGCGAAGACUGUAUGAAACCAUCCAAGUUCAGUAACUGUACCUCGUGCAAAAAGUUGACUUUGAAGUGCACUGUGUGUCACGUGUCGGUACGUGGUGCGGCAAACGCUUGCGUGUCUUGCGGGCAUGGGGGCCACACGAAUUGUUUGAAGUGGUGGUUUUCCUUCAGAGAUGUUUGUCUGACGGGCUGCGGAUGUCACUGUUUGAUAGACACUGCGGGAAUGUUUAAUCCCUAGCAUACAGUUAGGAAGCGUAAAGUCGUUUCGAAUGUGAUAAAUUCAAAUACUAUGUGAUAACGGUAUCUAAGUUAUUAUUUAGUCUUAGGUCCACCAAAGGAACAACAUAGCUUUAUCCAUUUUAUUUUACAAGUCUCAGUUUAUAAACUCGAAUUUUCAAUAGAAAAUACUGAUUUAAUUUUAAUGAGAGCAAUUAUUUUAUCUUAUAAUAGAUAUUUGAGUGGACUGUUGCCGUUAGGUGGCGCCAGCGUCAAUGCAAAACUAAAGGAAAACAAAGAACUGGGUUGAAAUAUUUGGUAUUGUGUAAAUGAAAAUAUUUGAUAUAGUUUAGCCAAACUAUUCAAUUUCUUUGGUAAUUUUCGAUCUUCUAAAAAGUUUUUCAUAUCCUAAAACACAUUAUUAUACUGGCUUACAAAACAAUAUCUUUUGAAUGAUACUUUAAUAUGAAGAUGUGACUUUAACAUUUAUGUAAACUGAUAUUACAAUAAAUUAAAGGAAACUAAUAUUUUAAUGUUCCUGACUAAAAUAGCUGAUGAAAAUGAUAAAAAUUUUCUGAGUUUGACCUUAUAAGGCUGCGUCAUCCUACAUACCACAAUGAUUUGGACCAGAUAUGCUUUCUUUCAAGACAUGUUCAUUAAAAAUAUAUUCGACACAGCCCCACUACCAACAAAGUAACUGAAUUUUGCUGAUUUACUUAUGCAGGGUUUUUGAGUACAGCAUAUAAUUUCUUCAAAGAUAAUUUUAGGAAUCGUGUAUAUAUUUUUUGAUCUGUAUUAGUAGUUUUUAAGUUGUAUGAUACAUAUGAUUAAAAUGUUGAAAUCAUUGAAGUUAUAUUUGAAAGUAGAACUGAAUAUUGAUAUUUCAGCCUUAUACGAUACUUGAUGAUUGGAUUUUCUUUUUCUCUUAAUGUUUGUUUUUUAUACUGAUGGUUUAUGGUAUAUUUUAGUACAUAUUUUGUUGCAUAUACAUUUUUAUCGACUUAUUUAUUGGCAUUAUUUUCUAAUGUAUUAAAAUAAUUUGACCGAAUAUUGGGACAUUUUUUCAAACGAUACUUAGAUGAGAGAUUUAUUUUCAUUACUUUAUUUUUCAUUUUGAUUAUUUGUAUAUAAUUGACAUUUAACUUAUUCAUUGUGCGAUUUCCAAUACAGUUUCGCUAUACAA